AUGAGUGAUACAAACUACUGGGUCGUGGACUAUGACCUCUCCUCUCCCGCUCCACCCUUGUUCCCCAGGGGCCCGACCGUGCUACAGCCCAUGGCGGGACACCCCGAACAGGGAACGGCCCUGUGUUUUGUGGGCCUCCUCAUACUGCUGCUGCUCUUUCUCGUCGUUCGUUGUGUCCGCAUCUUGUUAGACCCCUACAGCAGCAUGCCAGCUUCAUCGUGGACGGACCAUAAGGAGGGACUGGACAGAGGACAGUUUGAUUAUGCACUGGUGUAA